CCUUUUACGCCCAUUCUUUUACGUGUUCAAACCAGAUCUGUGCGGACGCGAGCCGCGCAAGAAUAUUGAUCGAGCUUUCGUAAUUUGGCGUAAGAAACACAAGGAACCGAUGGAACCCAAGCGCGAACGGAAGCGGCUGUACCGCGGCUUGGACAAUCAUGAGCGCAAUCUGUCCUCCUCGUCCUCGUCGCCGGCGUCGGUAGCUAGGCAGGUCUCGUCGGAAGCCAGCGACGAUCCCCGCCCGACGACCAGUGCAGUGGCAGAAGCCAAGCGCGAACGGAAGCGGCUGUACCGCGGCUUGGGCAAUCAUGAGCUCAAUCUGUCCUCCUUGUCCUCGUCGCCGGCGUCGGUAGCUAGGCAGGACAGUGCCAUAACCAUCACAAGUUCAUCACAGUCCAGUGGGACCACCCAAAUGGUCGUCUCGCCCGACGAUCCCCGCCCGACCCCCAGUGACGUGGCGGCAGAUGUACGGAAUUGGGUGUAUUUACCUAGUUAUUAUCACUCUGAUGAUUUUACAAGCUCUGAUAUGAGCCUUAACGCAGUGAACGGUACUCGGCUGCCUAACAUACAGCCAAUACCCAGGCGUCGAGAGACGGUAAUCCUAAAUAAGAAAGCCAUGGAUAUAUAUCUGGCAGGGACUACAGGCGGGUAAUAAUAAUAAUAAUAUAAACCCACUAAUAAUUA